UGACAACGGAAGCAUUCUUGUUCCAGGACUGGCUUGUUUACCCUCUCAUGCAUUCAGGCCAUGGGGGCCAACAGAGGGACAUAUUUGGACAGUGAUGAUGCACGGUGCAGACACAUUUAAACCUUGACCUCAAGAGAAUUUCAUUAAAUGCAAGUCAACAAUUUGCAUGUGUAUAUAUAUGUAUAUGUGUAUAUAUAUAUAUAUACACACUGUAUGUGUGUGUGCAUAGAAUGAUGUAAUGUGAUGUAAUGUGAGUAUUUUAUUUAUAUAAAUUUAUAUGAUUUAAUAAUGCAAUUGUCUGCAAUUUUACAGAUAAAACAGUAGAUCUAUUUAUUAAGAAAAAUAGCAGAAAAUAAAUAAGUAUUUAAAUAAAUAAAUAAAUAUUUGGGUAAUAUUAUUAAGUCCAAAUACCAUAUUACGCUGGCAAAAGAGUGAGUCCAAAUUUAUAAAUAUUUUUUUUUAGACGAAUAUUUUGGAGUUUUGGCCGUGUGGCAGGACAAAAGAACUUAGGGCUUUAACGAUCCACAAGCGAAAACGCUUGGUCAUACUGGCUUUAUAUUAUAGAAAACCUCGGUGUGCAUUUUAAUUAAUAUUCAGGCUUGAUAUAUCAAAAACACAAUCGAUUAAUUGAAGAGGGAAUCGACGUUUCAUAACGAGAGCAGAAUAAUUGUAUAUGGGAGUUCCUAGUCUGGCCUGUCACCUUGACAACAUUGGCCCAAUGACAGCGCACACGCGAACUAGGCCAGCCAAUCAGAGGCGUCCGCCAAAGCUGCAUGUCAUUUCUGCCCGGGCUCAACCUGCACCGUGUUUUGUUUGUCUGUCUGCGCACCGGGGAUGAAACCGCGGGGUCCGCCGCCGCCGCCGCCUCGGUACAAGCGACGGAACUCUGUCAUCACUUUCCGCUCAUGAGGACUCCGGUAACCGCAGAAGACGCACGGAGCAGGACCGAAAGGGAGCAGCAGCAGCAGCAGCAGCACCAGCGCCGCCGCCGCCGCCUCUGCUGCCGCGGAGCCAGGUGCCGCUGGAUGAGAGUCUGACUAGGCAUUUUCUCCCCGGUGACAGAGACUAUCUCAGCCGCGCAUCUUCCAGGAUAGGCGCUCCCUCCAUCCCCUCCCCUCCUCUUCUCCUCCUCCUCCUCUCCGCGGCUGCAGCCCACCGACCAUGGCCCUGGUGACACUGCAGCGCUCUCCCACCCCCAGUGCAGCAUCCUCGGCGAGCACGACCAACAGCAGUGCGGGGGAGGACUUUGGAAGCGACGAUGACAGGAAAAAUAACCAGAGCCUCAGCGAGAGCUUCUUCAUGGUCAAAGGAGCCGCCCUCUUCCUCCAACAGGGUGGUAAUGCACAGGAACCAAAGACGCCAACCCACCACAAACACGCAGGCGAUUUACCUCAACACCUGCAGGUCAUGUUCAAGAUCCUCCGGUCUGAAGAUCGCAUUAAGCUGGCAGUGCGGUUAGAGAGCGGAUGGUCGGAUCGAGUGCGCUACAUGGUCGUUAUCUACACCAAUGGCCAUCAAGAUACAGAGGAAAACAUUGUCCUGGGAAUGGACUUUACAGACAAGGACAGUAAAAGUUGCUCUAUUGGGAUGGUGCUGCCACUGUGGAGUGAUACCAACAUACAUCUAGAUGGAGAUGGAGGCUUCAGUGUGAACACGGCAGGGCGGUCACAUGUCUUCAAGCCUGUGUCUGUGCAGGCCAUGUGGUCCGCCCUGCAGGUCCUCCACAAGGCCUGCGAGGUGUCUCGCCGCUUCAACUACUUCCCAGGGGGCAUUGCUCUCACGUGGAUGGCCUUCUAUGAGAGCUGCAUCACCUCCGAGCAAAGCUGCAUCAACGAGUGGAACGCUAUGACCGACCUGGAGACCACACGGCCUGACUCUCCCACCAUGUUUGUUGACCGGCCAACUGAGCGAGAGAGGACAGAGUGUCUCAUUAAAGCCAAACUACGCAACAUCAUGAUGUUCCAAGACCUGGAGAACAUCACGUCGAAGGAGAUCCGUAAUGAGCUGGAGCAGCACAUGAGCUGCAACCUCAAAGAAUACAAGGAGUUCAUAGACAACGAGAUGCUUUUGAUCCUGGGUCAGAUGGACAAGCCCACACUUAUAUUUGACCACGUUUAUUUGGGCUCAGAGUGGAACGCUUCCAACCUGGAAGAGCUACGUGACUGCGGGGUUGGUUAUAUUCUGAAUGUUACCAGAGAAAUUGACAACUUCUUCCCGGGGAUGUUCUCUUACCACAACAUCCGUGUGUACGACGAGGACGCCACCGACCUGCUGGCCCACUGGAACGACACCUACAACUUUAUCGUCAAAGCCAAGAAGAAUAACUCCAAGUGCCUGGUGCACUGUAAGAUGGGGGUGAGCCGGUCUGCCUCUACAGUUAUUGCCUAUGCAAUGAAGGAGUAUGGCUGGUCUCUGGAGAAAGCUUACAACUUUGUCAAGCAGAAACGGAGCAUAGCUCAACCCAACGCCGGGUUCAUGAGACAGCUGGCAGAAUAUGAGGGAAUCUUGGACGCCAGCAAACAGCGGCACAACAAGCUCUGGAGGCCUGGCACAGAUGAGGAAGGUUCAGAUGAUCUCCAGGCCUCUGGUCACUGUGCUGGUGGAGAGGAAACACCGGUGCUCAGAGAGGAAGAAGCUUGGGGAGGCUGCGGGGCGUCUCCAUGUAGGGGUAUGGGUCUGGAGAUGGAGCCCCUGGACUCUCUCAACUAUAACUAUUACUUCAGACGUUUGUCAGACUCUGCAUUGGACAGUGAGCCCUCCACUCCAGUGCGAGGUCCCCCUCUGCUCGGUAUGGAAAGAGUUUUCAUCGAGAUCGAAGACGUUGAGAGAGAUGCUCUGUUGGAGGACGAGGGUUUCCCCAUGGCCCAUUUAGCCCUACCAGGGGAGGGCACGGCGGCGCAGACAUGUGGCCGCCUUGAUCCCCUGGAAGACAUGAGACUGAGGCUCGAGUUCAGCACGCUGGAGGAAGAGGACGAAGAAGAAGCCAAGAAAGAGGAAGCUGAGAUGGCGGCCUUGGCUCAGACGCCUGGAAAUUCCGACGGGAAGAAGUCAGGGGAGGAGGCCGAGAGGAGUGAGGAGAGCCGGUUAGGCUUAGCCAACCUGAACACCAACAACAGCAACCGCCUGGCCGCCAAGCGCAGCUGCCCUGCAGCUUUUGAUGACAGCGCUGGUGCAGGAAACCCUUUAAAAGUGAAGCCCUCCUAUCAGUCCUGUAAAGACUGCAUGCGUCUACCACAAGGACGGCGUUGUGACCGUCCCGCAGGAGGCCGUUCCCACCGCCUUAACCCCUCCCGACACUGCACCGUCCCCUCCAUAUGCAUAGACCCACCCGGGACACAUUUUGCUUCCACCCCGAUCCUGCAGUCCCUACCGACCCCUGGAGCCGUCCCGCCGAACCUGGUCCAGCCCUGUUCUUACGUCUACCGCUGCUCCACCUGCACCCCCGCCGUCCCGUCCGUCUCCCUGACCAACCACCAGAAACUGGUCUCGCCCAUGAACUGCGAGGAGAUGCCUCCGGACCGCAGCUCGGUGGACACGGAGGACAUGGACGAACGGCAGACGGGGGAGCAAAUAUUAAGAGGGAGCGCCGAGGCCUUCGGUGUGUUACACCCCGGCGGUGCGGUGGAGCUCCCGCAGCAGGGUCUCGCCCAGCUGCAGAUGCCAGGACUGGGGAUAGAGUUCAGCCUGGAACUGAUGCGCCAGAGGGCGGAGCGUCUCGAGAAGCUGCCGAGCAUGGCCAUGGAGGGCCAGUUCCCAGUGGGGUCCCUUCCUUAAUGCAGUGGCUCGAGCAGCGAUGAGACGGAGGAAGCGGCUUACCGCUGCCUCGACCGCUACGACAGGCUGUGAGAUAUUAGACGACCACUGCUUUGGUGAUGUAACAGAAACGAAGCUCUGCGCUGACCUCUGCUGUAAUGUCUUGGCGUCAUAGCUCCAUUUGAACAAGCUGCAGCAGCGCUCUGAGUGCCCUGUUACAGACCGCUGGCAUUAGGAUGCAGAUGGCGCUGGAUGUUUUCACCAUGUGCUAAAGGCCAGGAUGCUUUUGGUCAAGUUGAGACGGAAAAACUUUCUCAAGCCCUUCACCUCUCCUUCGGACGUGAUUGACAGCCAUCUCGGCUCUUCGCACCUCUCUGUCCCAUCCUGCACACGGGAUACUCCCAGUGGAGAUGAGCGUUAAUCCUGCCAUUUUAGCUUCAGCAGACGGGUUUGGCAAGACAUCGGUGGUUUGUAAGAUCUAGCUGUUGUGUCUUUAUGAUCCCUCAGAGUGCCACCCUCAGCACGUUAAUGUUGAUGAAAAGAAAAAUGCCCGAAGUAACACGCUUCUGUCAGUGUACUGUGUGUUUCCAAUCCCGCUCAUCAACAGUAUUCAUGGAGGUGCUCAAUGAAUAUUUAUAGCUGAGCCGGUUCCACCGCAUCUACUCUCUCCACACUUUCCCACCGACACGUUUUCCCUGCUGCAGCUGCUUUUUUGCAUCACAAGAGGGCAUUUCAUGUGAAAGCAUAAUGAUUUCCGAACCAUACGCAAGCCUUUUUAUGCCUCUUUGUAAAGCGUCGUACCUCGGACCACAAGUAUCUCAGACUGUUUUGGUCAAAGACUGUUUUGUUCUCUCCGCUCAGUGGCUGGUUCACCCUGACCUCCUCCUCCUCCUCCUCGUCCUCCAAUAAAGUUAAUGUAAUCAUGUACUUAAAGCGCUCAGUUUAGCCCACGCAUGACUCUGCAGUGUUACAAAAACAUAUCUUCAACGUGUUUAGACGGAAAAAUAUUAAGCCUGUCUUUUAAUUUUUUCCACUUUUUUUUUUUUUUU